UAUAAUUUGGUUAUUAAAUUAAAAUUAGAAUUAUUCCUGUUAGUAAUUCAAUCGACUUUCAAUAAAAUGGAUAAUAAUAGAAUGAGUGUUGGAACUUCUGGUUCCCUGACAAAUAUUGGCACUCUCUCUCCUGUUGUUAUGUUUGAUUGGAUUCGGAACGAGAUACAAGAGCUUCAAUCUGACCAGCUUACUCUUAUUUUUGCGCAGGCAUUGGAACGACAAGCAGAUAGAGUACUUCAGUUAAUGCGUAAUGCUUUUGAUAACAGAGGAUGACGUGAACGUAAUAAUGCUCAAAUACGUGGGCAACUUUACGCGAAAUAAGAAUCAAAAAUAUCAGGACAUGGACGAUUUCGUUUUAAUUGCACAUUACCUAUGGAAAUUAUUAUGCAAAGUUUUAGCUUGGAAAGUUAAACGCAAUCAAAAUACUCGUCCAUUAGAUGAUGCCAAAAAGGAUGAACAGCUUCGCAUUAAUAAGGAUAACCCUUAUAAUUCGGCAAUUUUAAAGAUCCGUGGUAAAUCUUGGAACGUAUUCUGAUCGUC